GAUCGAGUUGACUGUGCGCUUGUCAAACAAUAUCCUUGUGAAGAUGUCCUUAAAGGUAAUCGUGGUACUGCUGGGUCUCACCAUUAGCGUUGCGCUAGCUCGCAAUCUGCAGCCGUCUCUGAAAGCCGGUCAAAAGGUUCGACAGCUUCAUAGCGAGAGCUUGGCUCUGGCCGAAACGCAUCAAUCCACAUCGCAGACUUGCUUCUCUAUCUACAAUCCUUUACUGAACCAAGUCGCGCGCAACUACGAAGUGGAGUACGAGAGUUGCAUCCAAGCCUAUGAAACAUGCAGCAGUAAUAUUGACAAUCUGUAUAAAUCUGCCCGCCUAGAGCUUGAGGCGAGUGUCUAUCAGUCCUGCAGAUCUCUCAGUAACUGCAAUAUGAUUACGAAUGCCUACUCAGCCUUCACGUGCGCCUCAACUACGGCUGCUCAAGACUCAAAGGUCUUCUAUUCGAUUUCUGCCAACGCAACGGAAUUGGCUGCCAGGAGCAAGGCUGACUACAUUGAGGCCGAGACUGCAAAGUCCGUGUGCAUUAACCUUGCGGAGAAGAACUAUGUUGAGGACACCUCUAGGGUCUAUGGCCAAUUGAAUAACUGUCUUCUGGGCUACGACUUUCCCAAUCCACCUACUGUAGGCACCGUUACACCUUCUCCACCUUAUGAUGACACAACUCCUGAUCCUUCUUAUGAUUACACUACAUCUUACUACUAGCCCCCAACUUACCCUAACAGCUCCAAAUAAGCGAAUUCACUUUGUAAAAUUUCAAAUGAAUAUAAAAGCAUACAACAAACAUCUUUGUUUUUGUA